AUGGUACCCCCUCCUACCUAUCCAUAUGGUAUGCCCGCUUGGUAUAACCCGCAAGCUGUCUGUGCUUAUCACUCGGGGGCACCCGGACAUUCCACUUUGGAUUGCAAGGCUCUUAAGCAUAAAGUUCAAGAUAUGAUUGAAUCUGGAGAAAUUGUAAUUAGAAAGAGGGAGACACAAGGGCCGAACGUAAAUAGAAACCCCUUGCCGGAACACGCUAAUAUCAUUGGGGUCAUUCUGGACGAAGCAGAGUAUGUGGAACAAGUCAAAAAAUUGGCGAGGGAAGCUGAAGUAUUUGGGGUCACAGACCAACCAUUUGUCAUAGAAUUGCCAUUCGAAGAGGAUGAAAAGCCUUUUAUCUUGGAUCUCACGCCAGCUGAGAGUGAGGCUUUGGAGCCAGUAGUCAUUGAAUUUCCGAAGCAGGAGCCUGUUUUGAGUCUGCAACAAGUGCCAUGGAACUACGAUGAGCCCGUCAUACCGAUUGGGGAAAAAUCAAUUGCGAAGAAGGAAGUGUCAGUGGUCACCAGAUCAGGGAAGAUUGCAAGUCCAUUUGAAACUACCAUUCCGAUUCAAGCAAAUAACUCCGAGCCGCCUGCUAAACCAACAAUCACCGAGAAAGAAGCCUUGGAUUUUCUUAAAAGGCUCCAGAGAAGCGAAUACAAUGUAAUCGAGAAGCUAAGCAAGUCACCUGCUCAGAUAUCCAUGUUGGACCUGCUCUUUUCAUCAGAUAUGCAUAGGGACGCGCUGAUCGAAGUAUUGACUAAAGCUCAAAUCCCUAAGGAUAUUUCAGUUGAUAAUUUCUCGCACGUGGUUGGAAGUGUGUUAUUUACCAAACAAAUUACUUUUUCUGACGAUGAAUUGCCGGUGGAAGGUAUUGGACAUAACAAGGCCCUAUACAUAGUUGUGAGGUGCAAUGGGAAAAUGCUGCCAAAGGUAUUGAUUGACAAUGGAUCUGCACUUAAUAUCUGUCCUUGGAGCACCUUGGAAAAGCUAGGGUUGCAAGACAUAAAGCUGAGGCCUUCAGGGACCAUAGUUCGAGGUUUUGAUGGAGCGCAAAGAGAGCCAAUAGGAGAAGUGGAUUUAGUCGUCGGCUCUGCACUUAAUAUCUGUCCUUGGAGCACCUUGGAAAAGCUAGGGUUGCAAGACAUAAAGCUGAGGCCUUCAGGGACUAUAAUUCGAGGUUUUGAUGGAGCGCAAAGAGAGCCAAUAGGAGAAGUGGAUUUAGUCGUCGAGAUAGGGCCCGCCCAGUUUCAAAUAACCUGCCAAGUCAUGCACUUUCUUAGUGUUUACAAUGUUCUACUUGGAAGGCCGUGGAUUCAUAAGUUUGGGGCUGUGCCUUCUUCAUUACAUCAAUUGAUGAAAUUUGUAGUAAAUGACAAGCUGAUAACUAUCUUUGCCGAGGAGGAUUGCCUUGUAAUUACCGAUUCUGAGUCCAAAGAAGAGAGUAGCAGAAAUGCCACCGUGACUCCUCAUAGCACGGCUGAUAUCGUCUCUGUAAGUUGGAUCACAAACGAGGAGCGAGCUUUACCAAAGGCCAGUGUCAUGAUGGCCAAAGAAAUGAUCCGUGGAGGCUAUGAAUUUGACAAAGGGCUGGGACGAGAUUUGCAAGGAAUUCUGAAGCCAGUGGAGAUUGUGGAGAAAAAGGAUUCAUUUGGUUUGGGUUUCCGACCGACUGCCAAGGACAUCAGAGAGAUGAAGGAACGCAAGAGAGCGGAGAAAGAAGGAAGGCAAGGGGCUCUUGACAUUCCACCACUGCAUUAUACUUUCCCACGACCAGCCGAGGUGAUCAUGUCGGAAAUUAACCCAGUUGAUGAAAUUGAAGCUAGUUUGGCCCAAUUGUUCGUUGGGGCAACAUUUGAAGAUAGUUUUCCAGACAAAGCUGAAUUUCCUGACAUCCCUGAAGGAUCAAUUCCCAAUUGGACAGCCGAUCUUGGUGCCACCGAAGCCGGGUCGACCAUUAAUCAUGUACCUAUCCGUGCUUGA